UUAUUCUGGCAGUUUCUUGGAUAAAUCACUCAUCCAAUACUGUUUUAUGGAUAUUAUUCAGAGAGAACUUGAUUUAGUAGUUCAAGAAUGGGGCGCGCAUCGUAUAACCAAAUCAAAGAACAGUAUAUCUCCAAGCGGGCGACCAAUUGUUAUGUAUAACUUACCAGAAUUAUAUGGAAGUGAAGAUAAUCUGGUGAGAGUAUUUUCUGCUUCGAUUUUGUCUUGUAAAGAAGAGUGCUUAAGUUUGAAAAGUUCUUGUGAUGAGGACGUUAACGAUUUGUGCAACAUAAUUUUGAGCGAAUUAGAUAUGAGUAAACCUCAUGAUCCAUAUGACGCCGUAAAUCUUUAUGUUAAGUUGCGAACAGAAAUAUUGGACUUACUAUAAGAUCAAAAUCUUAGAAACACUGAAAGCUCGCCUGAGUGAAAUAUGGAUCAUUAUU